UGGUGAUGGAGUUACAUUUACCCUAGUUGAUCUACAACCAUCCAUGGCCUAGUUUUUAAGAUCUUUGCCUGCAAUAUGGAAGGAAGAAGCAACAGCAGUGGAGAAGUAAAAUAUACAACCUGUCCAGAUAAAACCGGAUCCCCUAGAAAACCAUAUAUAAAGGGAAAGGUCCAUGCACACAGUGUAAAAAUUGGAUGGAAGCCAUCCAAAGAUAAUGGUGGAACAUACAUUUCAAGUUACAGUUUAGAAGUUAGUGAAAAUUCAGAUGCCUUCAGAUAUAUUGACUAUUCAAACACCUACUCUUCCUCCUGCAUCUUGCUGUCCUCCACCCUUGAAUGAUUCCUGUGUGCAAUGGUGCUGAAAUCACUGAUUACAGGCUAGAGUGUGGACAAAUUGAAAAAUCAGUGCACUUGAUUUACACAGGCCCUUGCUUGAGCUAUGAAGUUAAAGGUCUCAUUCCUGCAACUACAUAUUUUUGCAGAGUCCAGUCGAUCUGGAGCUAAAAUUCACAAUGCAAGCCUCCACAAUGCUGCUCUAUCCAGAACUGCAAUCUAUCCCUGCCUCUCAUCUGCCAUGAUCCGCCCUCUCUCAAGAAAAGUAAACUCUAGGGGGUGGAGCCAAGAUAGCCAAAUAGGAACAGCUCCAGUCUACAGCUCCCAGCAUGAGCGACGCAGAAGACGGGUGAUUUCUGCAUUUCCAACUGAGGGGUGGAGCCUGAGCGAGGAGCCCGCGAGCUCUCCUCUCUCCUCUGUCUCCGCGGAUGACGAGUGGCUGGAUAACAUGGAGUCGGGCAAGAUGGCGCCUCCCAAGAACGCUCCGAGAGAUGCCUUGGUGAUGGCACAGAUCCUGAAGGAUAUGGGAAUCACAGAAUAUGAACCAAGGGUUAUAAAUCAAAUGUUGGAAUUUGCUUUCCGUUAUGUGACUACAAUUCUGGAUGAUGCAAAAAUUUAUUCGAGCCAUGCUAAGAAACCUAAUGUUGAUGCAGAUGAUGUGAGACUGGCAAUCCAGUGUCGUGCUGACCAAUCUUUUACCUCUCCUCCCCCAAGAGAUUUUUUACUGGAUAUCGCAAGGCAGAAAAAUCAAACCCCUUUGCCACUGAUUAAGCCAUAUGCAGGACCUAGACUGCCACCUGAUAGAUACUGCUUAACAGCUCCAAACUAUAGGCUGAAGUCCUUAAUUAAAAAGGGACCUAACCAAGGGAGACUAGUUCCACGAUUAAGUGUUGGUGCUGUUAGUAGCAAACCUACUACUCCUACUAUAGCAACCCCACAAACGGUGUCUGUCCCAAAUAAAGUUGCAACUCCAAUGUCAGUGACAAGCCAAAGAUUUACGGUGCAGAUUCCACCUUCUCAGUCCACACCUGUCAAACCAGUUCCUGCAACAACUGCAGUUCAAAAUGUUCUGAUAAAUCCUUCAAUGAUUGGGCCCAAAAAUAUUCUUAUUACCACCAACAUGGUUUCGUCACAGAACACGGCCAAUGAAGCAAACCCACUGAAGAGAAAACAUGAUGAUGAUGAUGACAAUGAUAUUAUGUAAGGAAUAUAGUCUAGUCUAGAUGCAUUUCAAAAGGAAAGUUGGUUUUGAGCCCAGUAUACUGAACUAGAAUAUUCUAGAUCUUGUUUUACCUUAAAAGACUGAAACGUAGCUGCAGUAUUUUUCGUCAGUUAAAACUGUUAGAUCUCUUUAGUAAACAUACAAAUGUGUUUUUCAGUAGGCUUCAAUUACAAACAGUUAAGUACUUGUUUCUUAAUAGUUUCAUUAAUGUUGAGUCCUAGUAUGGCAAUUCUGUUUUUGAGACACUUUUCUGCCUUCUAUCACUGAUAGCAGCAUUUAAGUUUCAGAUUCUACAGCCUAGUCAGCAGAUUUAUCUUUGACAGCAUAAUUUCUGAUCUACAUUUAAAUACUACUUUAUUUUAUAAGGUAAUAUAGUUACUUACUGUCACUAGCUUUUUUUUUUUUUUUUUUUACCAAAUCUCUCAAUAUAGGAAACAUUUUUUGGAAAGGAUGGAUUUAGAGGAGAGAUUCUAAAUCCAUUUUGGAUGUAUUUGUUUCUUUGACUUCCUUAACUUCCAAACUCAACUCCCUUUCUAGAUCCCAUUCAUUUUCUGCACCUCCCCCAUAGGCUUGUUUCUCUCCAUUGCUGUUAAAUGUAGAAGGCCAUACCUGGAAUUUUAAAAAUAUUAUUCCUGGUAAUACAGCUCAGUGUCAUUUUCCUAUUUUUAAAACAUGCUCUACAUGCCUAAUGUUUUGUGAUUCACUUUAACCUGAUGGUUUGCAUUUGCUGUUUUUCACUCUUAUGUCAGAGCAGUUGGGUUUUACCCCUUAGUUUUUAUGCCUGUUAGGCUUUACUGUGCUUUUGACAGGUAGUUUUGGGUCAGUUAUAUUCAGUUUUAGUAUUGUAUUCCAAGUUGAUAACUCUUCCAUGUUUCACAUUUCUAAAUUUAACAGAGAUGCUGUAGCUUAAAACAUGUUUUGAUAAGUAAUUACACUGGACCUAGGCAAAACCACUGAAGAACAAGUGUUCCUUUUUACCACAUACAUAUUAUGUUUUGAUCACUGCUGCUUGAGCCCCGCUAUUGGUAUAAUUCAGAUCAUUUUAGCUUGUUGCUGAGGAUGUCACAUAUAAGACAGGAUCAAACCUGAAAGACACUAAUGGUUCAUCCUCUAUAAGGCCAACAAAGAAAACAAAUUAAUGUGAUGUAACUUGCAUUUAUGUGCACUCUGCAUAGGUUUCCCAAUAAUACUGUAAUGUUGCUGAACACCUUUCCCUGUUUUCCAUUUAUACACAUAUUAAAGUCAUAUUGGGAAAGAUGGCAAAGCUUUUGAGAAUAUAAACACACCUGUUUUGUUUUUCUUAAGUUCAACAUACUUUUGUAGAAUUUGUAAAAUAAAUGUUCAUAUCAUAAUUGAGAAUUUAUAGCCAAGGAUCCUCAAAACAGAAGUUUCAUCUUAGGAUAGUGUUUGAUAUAUCUAAGAAAGUCCAGUAACAGAGAAGAAAUGUCUCAAAUGUCUCGUAUCAGUUUUAGUGUUUUUCAGUAUUAGGGAAAGGUAAUAUAAAAACAGGUAAAAUGUAUAAAAAUAGACCUGAUCAACAUCAUAGGAGAUAAAUAUUCAUUAUAUAGCAUAGGAUAUUAUUACUUGAAUGUUCUCAGGGAGGCAGCAAGUCAGAAGGCCUAGAUUCUAGUCCUAGCUCCAUCAUUUACCAACUGUGUGACCUUACUUCACCUCUUAGCCUUGUUCUCCUCACUAGCAGUAGGAAAGUAACACCUACCCUGCCUACCUCACAGGGCUGUUGUGAGGGUUCAAUUGGUAUAUGUGAAAAUUCUUUCAAAAUUGUAAAAUGCUGUAUGACUGUAAGGAAUUAUUGCAUUUGUUCCAAGGUUAAUAAAAAUUUGAGCUUA